AUGUCUAUGAAGGAAGCAGCAGAGAUUUUCAAGCAAUUCCAGUCUGAUAAGUGGCUCUACAACGGUCAAGUCCUUUGGAGUGGCGUAUCUCGUUCCCAGGCCCAAGAAUGGGCUGACAGACACCAUAUGCAGACGUUGACCACAGCAAUGGGCUCGCUGAUGGACGAACUACACCCAGAUUGCCUUAAAUCAUCGAAGACGCCACAUCAAUGGGGUCAGGGUGACAAAGUCACGUUGCUUUCACCUCCCCCCCCUGAGCGGUUCCAUCCAUCAGGGCUUUCAAAUUACCAAGCAAUCGAGCAGCCUAUCGUUCAAGGCCUGAUCGGUGAAUAUGCAGUGCAAAAGAUAAUGAUGGUCCAUCCAACGGUAAAAGAAUCUGAAGAAUUCUCCUACGAGGCCGCUACCGUCAAAUUCGCCUCAAUCGUCGUGCUCGCUCUGUUGAUUUUCUUCGUUUUGACUCAAUACAUCACGUUGCUUUUAAUUGGCCUUUUAUUCGCGCUGCUUGAGCGAAGCCAGAGUGGAAAUGAAGGCGGUCGAUAUCGUCAGUCGCAAUGCAACCAUAAUGACGGUAAAGAUUCUUGGGAUGAAAUCAACGGAAAUGGGGUGGCUGAAUUGGGAGUGACCCCAAGCCGCACAACCAAAGCCGAACCACAUGCUCAAACCAAGGCGGAAGAUAAAGCCAGAAAGAAGGCCAAGGCAGACGAGAAAUCUCAUGCCCUGGCGGAAGAGAAAGCUAGGAAGAAGGUGCGGGCUUUGAAGCAAGAUGAAGCCAGAAAGAAGGCCAAAGCAGAGAAGGAAUCUCGUGCUCGGGCAGAAGAGAAAGCUAGGAAGAAAGCUAAGGCAGAGAAGAAGGCUCGUGCUUUGAAGGAAGAGGAAGCGAAGAAGAAGGCUAAAGCAGAGAAGAAGGCUCGUGCUUUGAAGGAAGAGGAAGCCAGGAAGAAGGCUAAAGCAGAGAAGAAGGCUCGUGCUUUGAAGGAAGCGGAAGCUAGGAAGAAGGCCAAGGCAGAGGAGAAGUCUAAAGCCCAGCAUCGUUAA